AUGCCGUACUCAGGAAGCGCGCAGGCCGCGCUGGUGCAAUGGGCAAACACAUUUCCCCUGGACGGACAGGCAGACUCAAUAUCAGAUUUCCUCGACGGACACCUGCUGUCCAAGGUCCUUCAAGCACUCGACCCCUCCUUCGAUUCCAAUACCACCGAGGGCGAGCUAUACGAUGUCUACAAGGGCAUCCAGAGGCUAGUAUAUCGCGAGUGUCCGGGGCUUAUUGGGCAGACCAAGCUUGCCGACAUCAGACCCAGAGCGAGAGAAGCGCAGCCGGAAGCCAUCAGUAAGCUUCUUGCCGUGCUAUUUGCUGUUGCAAUGCUUGGUAGCAAUAACGAGCGAUGGGUUACCCGUAUCACCCAGGAUAUCUCCGACAAGACGGUCCUCAUGCAGCUUCAGCGGGUCACGCAAGACAUGAGUACAGCCAUUAACGAUGCCGAGGCGGCGGACGUAGAAGAAAUCUCGGAAAUUGGGAACGAAAGCCACGAUGUCGAUCUCGCAAUGGAAGCCGACAACAUACGUCUCCGCUCUGACCUGGACAAGAAGGGAAAGUUGCUCGCGGAUAUGGAAACGCGCUUGGGCCACCUGCAGGAAAGUUAUGACGACCUGAAAGAGGAGGUAGUUCGCAAGGGCAGGGAGCUGGAGGCGUUCCACGAUGCUCAAGACGGUGCUGGAAAGGAGGUCAUCAGGUCGCUUGAGCUGAAGCUGCGCGAGCAGGACGAGCUCAUUGCCAACCAGGAGGCGCAGGCCGAAGAUGAUCGCAUAGCCAAGGAGCGGUUGACGAGCGAAGUUUCGGCACUCAAAGCCAAGACGCAGAAGCUUGAGACCCUUGACGAUGAGGUCAAGGAGCUACGGUUCAAGAAUGAGGAACUGUCCCGUAAGGCCAACAUGGUUGAACGGUAUAAGCAAAAGCUUGAGGCGCAGUCUACAUUGUCAAAAGAGAUGGACAACUUGCUCUACGAAAAGGAGCAGAUGCAGCGCGAUCUCAUCGAAUACGAGAAGGUUCUGAAGAGAAAUCAGGCCUUGGAGCAGACCAACGAGCAAUACGCCUCGAAGCUCAGAGACUACGAGCUGCAGUAUGUUGAGUUGGAUGCUCAGCGCAGGGCUCUUCACGAUGACACCAUGCAGUUGAGAGCUCGUCUUGCAACGCUCGAUGCUCAGCGUCUCUCCGAUGAGCACCUCAUCUCCGAGCUGCAGGAGCAGAUCAACUCGGGGUCCCCGGGCGCUUUGUCUCCUGACGCUGGCACUGCGGGCUUCAGUCUCGAGCAGGAGCUUGAGGGUGUCAGCAGCACCGCCCCACCCAACCUCAGCCUUGAGGUCUCUCGCCUCAAGGCAGAGAACAACUUGCUGCGAAGCGGUAUGGGGUCUGGGCCAGAAAAUGCUCGAUUGCGUCAGGAGCUAGAGGAGGAGCGUAGGCAACGCGAACGUAUUCAGGGAACUUACAACGACACGUUUGAGAAGCACCAGAUUGCGGAGGCCCAAAUCAGCGCUCUGAUCGAGAGCAGUGGCGAAAAGUUAGUUGAAAUCGUUGACACAGCUAUGCGACUAGGUGUGGGCAAAGUGCUAACUCAAGAUUUCCAUCACAGCGAGGUGCUAGCCAACCUGAGAAUCCAACUUGCUCAAAAGGCCCAUGAACUUGAGAGCGAAAGGAGGAAGAACAGCGAGAUCCAAGCUCAGCUCUCUGACAAGGAUCGCGAGCUCCUCAGCGCGAGGACCGACCUCUCAGCCGUCGCAAAGGAUAGCGUUGAUGCUCUCGAGGAACUCAAGUCUACUGACCAACUUAUUUCCGGUUCAAUCCGUGAAGAACUCGAGGCAGCGCGCCAACAGCUCAAAAACCUUGGUACUGAUCUCGAAGAACAGCGGAGCUCACUUAUCAACGCCCUACUUGAGAAAGACAAGCUUCGAAAAGACCUUGACGAGGCCAAGGAUGGCACGAGUGCCGAGCCGACGGAGGCCGCCCAGAAGCUCCAGGAGAAGGUUGACAAACUGCGUGUCAGACUCAAGGAGCGCCAAUCGGUGAGUUCCCUCAGAUCUCUUGCAAACGCCCUGGCCCUACAACAUCGAAAUGCCGAAGGCGGCGUGCCCAAGAUUCCUAGUACCCCGUCCGGAGCUGUGUUGUAUGACAGCCGUCCGAAUGCGCGCAUCUUGGUCCCCACAUAUCACCCCCAUCUCGACCUGCCUCCUCAAACACCAAAAUCUCCCUUGAUCCUUAGACCGAGACAACUGGAGAAGUCCGAGCAGGAUAAAUACGACUUGCAGCGGAAGCUCAAGGCAGCCGAAGGCGGAGAAGCUGCCGCGGCCCAGAAGGCUGCGAGCGAUCAGAUUAUCAAGAACCUACAGCGCGAGAACGCACUCAUUGCUACGGCGUGGUACGAUCUUACUAGUCGUAUUCAGAGCAAUCAUGUCGUCUUGCAAAGGCGGAAUGAGGCCCCCAAGAGCUGGCUGGGCAAACAGAGGCAGAUGGUCAACGGUUAG